AUGGAAAUAGCGAAACCUUCAAAUAUGAUUGAAAAUCGUAGGGGACAUACGGCUGUAUUAACUUCAAAUGAUGAAAUCAUAAUUUAUGGAGGUUCUGGAGGUGUUAGCGAUUGGAGAGUUAUUCCAGAUUUAUUCGUUUUAAAUACAAAUACCGAACAAUUUGAAUUCACCAUACCACCAGUUACAUCUAAAAUUGGUCAAAUUCCUUUUCAGCUUGAAUCACUUGAAGUAUUAGAUAUCGGAGAUG